CGGGUCCCUAUCAUAGACACGGGUUUGUAUUACUCUGAUGUUACAGGGGGAUUCUACAUAGUCCAGCACACCACUUCUGUACGGAUUUUACGAUCUUUAAGAUAAAAUAGUACUUCUGGUAGAGGGCACGUUUUUUUCUGGGAUUUAUCUCAUUAAGGGGUAUAAGUGUUGUAUUUAUUGCCUUGUUGAACCACCACACACACACGCUUCGACCAGAGCAGUGUGGCAUGGUACAAAACAAGAAGAGGAUCUGCAUCACGACAAGAUAUUUUAUGGAAGCUGUUGAUUCCUGAUCAUCAAAUACUUGAAGUAGAAGAGGUUAACGAAAUACGUGGUGUCAUGAGUUUAGCCUGUCUGGUCUGUCUGCGCAGGCGCCUGUAUCUACUUCCACUCAUCACGACAUUAUGGAUUAUCAUGUCACUUUUCAUAUCAUAUGGAAUAGCAGUGAGCUAUGGCCAUACGGAGCCAGACUUCCCUUAUAUAAGUCACACAGCCAUUGAAGCACCAGAACGAUGUGUCUUCGGUCAGCUGGUCAAUAUAGGAGCCGUCAUGCUUGGAAUGAACGUGCUCGUUAGAUAUCUUUUCCUGAAGGAAAUAUUCAAGCACAAGAAGAUGCAUAACGUUCAGAAGUGGCAGAACGGUAACAUCGCCGGAGUUGUUAUCGGGGUGUUAUCGGCGCUUGGAAUGAGCAUGGUCGCAAACUUUCAGACAGAAGUGCAGAGAGGCCCACACUACGCAGGGGCCGGUCUUGCCUUCGUCAUGGGAACGGCUUACACGUGGCUGCAGACGCUCAUCACGUGGCGUUUACGUCGAGAGGGCCUAGGGAACAAGUGUCUAGCAGUAGUGCGAUUCAUAAACUGUUUUGUGCUCACGUGCUUCCUAAUAACUUUCAGCGUAUCUAAAACCUAUUACAAAAUAAAGGAGCACCUAGGGGAGGGUACAAAAAACGACACGUUAAGAGUGGUCUAUCUUACAUCCACCAUAUCGGAGUGGCUAGUCGCCGCCUCCAUUCUCGCUUUCACACUCUCCUUUACCUGGGACUUCCGGUCAAUUGUCCUUGAGAGUCCGAAGGUCAAACUCAAUUUCCAGCAAAUAGAAAAUGGUAAUAAUAACAACAGAACAUCAACAGAAAUGGAAGCUACUCCAAGGGGAACAACUCCAGUGUGAUAUGAAAACUCACGGGUCGAGACCGGAAAUCCAUUCACGAAUCUUUCAAACACUAUCCCGGACAAAGACACAGCUGUCCGGUCAGACUUUCCUGAUUGAGUGCAACUUAAUUUGAUACAAAUGCCAUCGUAUUAUCCUAAAUAUUAUAUCUCCCUGUCAACCGCGGAAAAAUACUUCCUUUUAUGAGGGAAAGGUAAUAUGCAUACAAUCUCUACAAUCGGGAAUUGCAACAAGAAGGAAAUACUUGAAGACCGUUCGAUCAUAAGGUCAGACAAGGAAAUAUAGCGUUGUUGACUGUAGGUUUAGCAGGAAGUUAGGUCACUGAGGCGGGUGUACAUUUCAGCUAAAGUGAGUACGAAAUAAACACGAAAUCAGUCUGGACACUAUAGAGCAACGACCGUUAGUGACAUGAUCUGAACAUCCAAAUGUCUCAAACAAAUUAAUGCCUAGAUUUUAUUUUUGCGAAAUUUGUUAUCAAAUCACUUUUAAAACAUUUUCAUCAGAAUAAAAAUAAGCAACAAAUUUUCUAAAAGUUAUAUACAGUCAGCUACAAUAUGGACCAAUGGUUGGAACAAGGAUUUGAAAUAAGGCACGGUUAGGGCCUACAGCGAGAACAAGCUACCCUGGGUUUGGGGCGUUCUCUGAGUGCCGACAUAAAAUUAUGUCUCCAUACAUUUUUGGAGAAAAAAAAUCAGAAUAAAGAAAAAGUUUGAAAUGAUAGUGAAAUAUUCCUUCAUCUGUAAUAAAUAUAUAGUCCCUAACCAUUCCUUUAUUAUCUGGUUUUGCUUUCAAAGUAAGGAUUAAAAGUAAUAAAACUCUGAAUUUUCCUUUUACAAAACUAAGAGAAUUUAUGUCAUGAGGGAACAUACAUGUAUGAAGAAGGCUGAACUGUUUUGAUACUUGUUAAGCACAAAUAAUGUUUUUUUGAAAGUUGAAAGCUUGAAAAUAAAUUUAUGAAAUGCCGAAAAUAUAAGAAAAAGGAAACUGAAAAUGUAAAAAAACAAUUGAAAUUGAAGAAAACAUCUCAAAUAAAAGAGAAAUUCUUAAAUUAAUGACAGGGAAAAGCUACUGGUUCCAUGACCAGAUUCUGAUCUCAUUCAAGAUGGAGAAGGUUGAAGAGGCAUAGAUUGACCCAUAUGAGAGUUGAAUAGAUAAGCUCCCAGUCCAAAUACAUACAUACGAAUUUAUUAACCCUUUUAUUUCAGUAAGUGUUGCGUUGUCUGUAUUAUCGUGUUUAAAUUUAAAUUUAACUUUAAUAUUUAUUUAUUUGAUAUGGUUUAUACUUUAAAGCCCAAGGUCUGUCACUAGUGUUCGAUUUUGACUAGCUCUGAUGAUAUAUUUUUACAUGCUCUUUUUUGGAUAACGACUGGACUGCCAGAUAUAAAUACAAACACGUUUCACUAUAAUCUGCAUACUAUUUUAUCUAGAUCUGAUUUGAUGUAAUAUUAUCCAGAUAUUGCAAUGGGCGGGGCAGAUACAGCUCUCCUACGAGUACCAUUCUCACAGCCACAAGUUUUAUGAACAUUCCUUAAGUAGGGAAAUUCCUUUACUUAAAAUUAUCUUAAAUAUAGUAAAGCAUUACGAAACUUAAGGGAAAUGUCUUGAACUAGAUUUCCCUUCAAAUCCAAAAAUGCUUUUAUAUGGAAAGAAACAUAAGGAAUUUCCUUAAGAUAAGGAAACUUUUAUGAAACUGAUGCCUGAAUACUUGUUAGGGGCAGCGCAAAUUCUCACCUGAAAAGCGUGGUUUAUUGAAAUGAUUAUAAUCCAUUCAUACAUAUUUCCGCUUAUUUCAAAAGUUUUCAAACUCCAAAAAAUAGUCUUUCUUCAUUUGAAAAUUACUUUUCGAGUUCACUUUCCUAUUAAUUAAAAUAAACAAUAGUACCAUAUAGUUUUUAAACCCAUAUUGAUUUAAUUUUUUUUUAUUUUAUCACUUAAACACUUGUAAGGUACAUGUACUGAUAAAUACAGAUUUUUGUUUCCUCACUAAAUGACUAAGGUAUAUACUAAUUCGGGUAUUAUAAAGUUUUAAUUAAUUGUGCUUUAUAAUUAAGAUUUCUAUCUGUUAUUGAAAGAUCAGUUCAAUUAAUUUUAACUCAAAUACUAUAUGGAUCAGCUUGUUAAAUUAGUAUUAUCAAAAAUGUGAAACUUGAGAAAAUGAAAAACCCAUUUAUAUAUGUAUAUUUAUAUUAACAGAUGUGCUUUAGUUCCAACAGGUAACUUUUACAGGUAGAUUCACUUGUUGAAACUCUUUUUAGGAAAAAGACUAUAUCAAAACAAGUUGCCCUACAGAUAAAUUAAAAAUGUUGGCACUCAGAGAUAUACCCCUUGCUUUGACCAAUAGCGCGUACAAUACAGCUACGGUUUGGACAUGAAGUCUCAAUUAUAGUGCCAAUCCCUCGUCACACAGUGUGAUAUAAUGAAGUGUAGUAUGCUGAUACAUCUGGAACUGUAUAGAGUGGGAGAAAAAUGGAGGGAAUUUGUUUAGUUUAAAAUGAAAUAUUUAGCAUGUACAUGUAUAAUAUAACUAUAUCUCUGUGUAUUUGAUGUCGUGGGUUUCGUGUAACAGUAAAGCUAUGUAUUUUGCUACAGACAAUACAAUGAAUAUUGAGCUAAUUUUACGUUCUCUGCGCAAAAAAAACCAGACAACCUGCAAAAAAAGUAUCAACGAAACAGAAAUAAAUACCAACGAUUAUUCAUGUUAUACACUUCGUCAGUAUGUUAUUUCUCGAACUCUGACCCGCAAAGAAUGGUCAAUCUCUUAAUGUUGAGGGUUGUGCUUGGACUCCUUCGAAUAGGAAAAAAAAGAAAUGUCUCCCCAAUUAAUUUGCUGGGUAGGCGGACCUCCGUUUUAACGGUGUCUGGAUGAACGAAGCUGGUCUUGAAUACGUUAUUUAUAUGCAAGUCAGAAAUAUGAUUAUGUUUUGUUUUUGAAUCAUCAGAAGUGAUGGAACUGAGAUAUGAGAAAGAUGAUGACAGGGUUGCGAGAGAGUGACAGAUAUACUGAUCAUGUAUAUUCUAUGCGAGUGGGAACAUACGAUUACAUUAAAUUCCUUGAAUUAUGGGUGUAUCAUGAGUUGAAACUGUAAUUUGAAAAGGAUGACGAUCGGGAGGGAGCGAUAGGGAUGGAGAGGGAGAGGGAGAGGGAGACAGAGCGCUAUCCCGGGAGACAGGGGGAGAGGGAGACAGAGAGAGACAGAGAGAGAGGGAGACAGAGAGAAAGAGGUGUUUAUGGUUUGUAUUUAGACGUAGUACGUUAGAAAUGAUAUCGUGGUAAUUACAUUUUUCAAUUAUGCAUGUGAUGUAUGUGAUUAUUAUGUUUAAUAUAAUUCUAACGAACCAGCCACAGGUUGUGACCAUUCUGUUUGUGUCAUAGAAAGUCGAGUCUUACGGAAGUGGGAGUGGAUCUCGUGAGACAGUUGUUUUAUUUAUUGUCAAUAUCAUGCACAGUAACUAAAUAGUGUAAAGGUAUUAUAAACUGUCGGAGGUCUUUCAAAAUACAAUUGUUACUAACGUCCUGUAAAAAUAUAACUGUUAUCAAUCUUAUAUUUGAAAAAAUAUAUACUUUUAGGCAAGGAGCUUGAAAUAAAUUAACUGAACGGACUUAAUCAAGUGUUGUUCAACAGUGUAAGCAAAAUGAAAAUGAAACGAAAGUAAGAACACUUUCUCACACGAAAAUAAUUCUUGAUAAUAAUUAUGUAAAAAACCAAUCAUCAUUAUUAAUGCACCCAUGGCAUUUUUUGAAGUUCCUGAGACAUAAUGAUGCCAUAGAUAUAUGAAAAAUUUGUUGUAAAAUUAAUAAUGUUGUAAAUGGUUCUCCCGUUUAGUAUUCUCUGUAUGAGAUUGUUUUUACUGUAUACCUAACUCUGCUAUAUUUCUAGAGGUAUGCCGCAGCGCAAUCCUACCACAGCAUUUAUAAUGAAAAACGUUAUUUAUAGAUACUUAAUUUUGUAUUACUUGUAAAAAACUGAUUUUAAACAAAGACAAAUACAUGUGGAUAUUCUGCAUUAUUUGGUAUGUAUGUAUAGGAAAGGCCCCAAGUUAUAAAGCCAGUGCUUGUUGGGGAGUGCAAUUAAAAUCUUUAAUAAA